CGCGAUGAUUCCAAAAUAGAAAACUCGAGUAUCAAAUGGAAGGCAAMAAAGUAAAAAGAUUAUGUAUGGCAAUAAACUGUCAUGCAAGUGGCUUGCAAGAUUUUGACAAUUUAUAUAGAUUUCCCAAAAAUGCAGMGCUCAGGCAAAAGUGGCURGAAAAUUUAGGUCUUACAAGCGAUCGAAUGCUUUCGUCGUCCCGAUCCUUAAUAUGUCAACGACACUUCACUUCAACUUGUCGAGGAAAGAAAAGAAUAUUUUCUUGGGCGGUGCCAACACUAAAUUUAGGCACAGAUUCAACUAAAAAACUACAUCAACCAAUAAAGCCUCAAGAAUUAAUGCGAAAAUGUUGUGUUAGAAACUGCGAUUCAAAACCUCCAGAAAUGUUGCAUGCGUUUCCCAUGAAAACGGACGCACGACGGAACUGGUUAAAGCUCUGCGGAUUGAAUGACAUGAGAAAAAAGUACUACAUAUGCCAAAGACACUUUUCAGCUCGUUUCUUGCAUGGCGAUAAACUAUUACCAGAUGCAUAUCCCGACUUAAACCUUGAAGAUACUGAACAGGCGUUAAAUGUACAGACAAUUGAAAUAGAAGAGCAUAAUUAUGAAGAUGAUGCCGAUGACUCACCGGAAAUUUACAUCAAAUUCAGUGAUACCGACAAAGAUUCAGUUGAUCAGCCAUGUGAGAGAAGCUGCUUGAAUUGUGUGAAUAACAGGAACAGGAUUAUUGAAAUGCAGAAUGAAAUGGAUGCAAUGAGGAAAAAGAUAAUACUGCUGGAGAAACUGCUUGACCAGAAGAACGAUAGCGAGGAAGCGGAGUACAUAUGGAUGCUGCUCAAAUGAAUAUAAACACGAGCCACG